GCCCGCCAGCGUGGCCGCGGACACACCGGGCCAUGGCGCGGGUGCUGAUCGUAGGCGCCGGGCUGACAGGGAGCUUGUGCGCAGCGCUCCUGAAGAAGGAGACGGCCCGACCUUUGCACCUCGUUGUGUGGGACAAGGCUGGGGACUCAGGGGGAAGAAUGACCACAGCCAACAGUCCUCAUAAUCCACAGAGCACAGUCGACUUGGGUGCCCAGUACAUCACCCGCACUCCUCAUUAUGCCAAAAAACACCAAAGUUUUUAUGAUGAACUGUUAGUUCAUGGCAUCUUGAAGCCUCUGACCUCUCCUAUUGAAGGAAUGGUAAUGAAGGAAGGAGACUGUAACUUCGUGGCACCGCAAGGAAUUUCUUCAAUUAUCAAGCAUUAUUUGAAAGAAUCAGGUGCUGAUAUCUAUUUCAGACAAUGUGUGACCCAGAUCAACCUGAGAAAUGGCAAGUGGGAAGUCUUCAAGGAAACAGCCUCCCCUGAGCAGUUUGAUAUUGUUGUCCUCACAAUGCCAAUUCCGCAGAUUCUUCAUCUUCAAGGUGACAUCACCAACCUAAUUAGUGAAUGCCAACGGCAGGAACUGGAGUCUGUGAGCUACUCUUCUCGCUACGCUCUGGGCCUCUUUUAUGAGGCUGGCAUGAAGAUUGAUGUCCCUUGGGCCGGGCAGUACAUCAGCAGUAAUCCCUGCAUACGCUUCAUCUCCAUUGAUAACAAGAAACGCAAUAUAGAAGCAUCAUCAGAAAUCGGGCCUUCCCUUGUGAUUCACACCACUGUCCCAUUUGGAGUUACAUACUUGGAACACAGCAUCGAGAAUGUACAGGAGUUAAUCUUCCAGCAGCUGGAAACCGUUUUGCCAGGUCUGCCUCGGCCAGUUGCUACCAAAUGCCAGAAAUGGAGAUAUUCACAGGUUACAAAUGCUGCUGCCAACUAUCCCGGCCAAAUGACUCUUCAUCUCAAACCGCUCCUUGUGUGUGGAGGGGAUGGAUUUACUCAGUCCAACUUUGAUGGCUGCAUUGCUUCUGCCCUAUGUGUUCUGGAAGCUUUAAAGAAUCAUAUUUAGUACCUGUAUUCUUAUUCUCUUCAUGAACUUUGAGUUUUUCUUUUCACAAUCUUCUGUUAUUGAUUAUCUUGUUUUCUAUUUUGUUGAGAGAAAUUACCGGAAAAUUGUUCUUCACUUGUCAUUUUUUAAUAUGGAAUUUAAAAUCGAUUUUAUCAUUUUGAUAGUUACAACCCAUACUAGAAUAAAAAUUUCUUGGACUUUAUA